AGGAGAGUGAGUGGAAUUCACGCUGAGCUGGGCAAGAGAGGAAUGCACUCGUCGUUGCUCACUACCUCUGUGCCAUGCAGGUCCAGCAAUGCGUGGUCCAGAGACGACGACGAUGAUGGCCUGCCAGAUGAUCCGUCCAUCGCCAGGCCGACUCCGCAGAGGGCACCACCAUCGUCGUCGACCAGACAUUUCAAAACUCAAGGCAGCCCAUCAGUGCCCUCACUUGGCGCAUUUGCCGAUCCUCUGAGCCCAGAGUCAGCAUGGGCAUCUCGAGGUGGCAGCGAUGCUGGCACCCCAAAGCCUACGCAAGAGGCUCAGCUAUCAAGCAUUGCGCCUGAAUUGGUUCAUCAUCGAGGGCCCAAUGACGCCGACGCCAUGCCUUUGAUGAGCACAAAUGGGCCACUUGACAGCAGCAGCGAAAGUGCAGACGAAGAGGCAUUCGUAUACCAACAGCAAGAUGCGCCUCCUCAUGAGAAUGCUAACGGCGCGCAUCAUCGUGACGAGGGCAAUGAAGAGGAAGAGGAAGAGGAAGAAGACUUUGUUUACCCAUCGGGCACAAACGACGUCGUCCAUGUUGGAAGUGUGACGUCGUCGUCGCCGUUGCCAUCAGAGGGCAUGCAGGGGUCAGGUGACCAGUCCAAAGGGCCGCCUCGCCCUCGGCCACGACCCAUCGACUACCAGCGACUGCACGAGCUAUGCACUUCAGGUUCACUCGAAUCGCUUCAGCUGUUUUUCCAACAGACGACGGAAAUGACUGGCACUUCCUCUUUUGCCCUGGCCAACGAGCCCAAUCCAUCCAGCGGGCAAAUGCCAAUUCACUAUGCAGCAAAGCAAGGAAAGCUCGACCUACUCAAGUGGCUUGUCGAGGAUGUGGGAGCACUCGUUGAGAUUGAAGAUCGAGAGGGAGAGGUGAGUCAUCAUCAAGCGUGACGGUGCAAUUUUGCUCUGUCAACCCCAAAGCUGACUGUCAUUCUUCUACGCUCCCUUUGCAGACUGCUCUUCACAAGGCGGCCCUAGCAGGUCGACUACCUGUCCUCGUCUACCUCCUCUCUCAUGGCGCCGAAGCC